UCGUCCCGUAGCCACAGCCAUCGUCGCACCGUCUGCGCCGCAGUCGUCCCAGCCGAGUUGUCGUCGCGGAACAUUCGUAUAGUAAAAAACGAGAUUCUAUUUUUUUUAUUUAAAAAAAAAACCGCCGUUAAAAAAAUCGCCUAAUUUUUUUGGCUUUCUCGGUAAAAAAAGUCCCCCCCCGCUCCCCCCCUCCACACUCCGCCGCAAACCGAUGAGAAAAAACAGCCGCCAAGGUGGUCGGACCGCUGGCCAGCAAACGCCGGCGGGCAACCCGCUUCGGAAUUAGUGAUUUUCAAAUGAGACACUCCAGCGUUGAUUGUUGAAGCGUUCACGAUGAUGUUCCCUGGCGAUAUGGGCACUAGUUCCCGUGGUAACCCACCGGUUCCAGUGUUUCCACUGAGGUCUGCGGCACAUAGUUCGCAAUACUCGCCAUACUCAACCACCAGGCUACAGGAUAUACAGCAAAAGUGCGAUUUCAAAUGUUCGUGGAAACUAAGCUUUAUACUAUUGGUAAUCCUCACCCUCGUCGUUACGUCGGCGUUGGUAUACUUUAUAGCGAUGAAACAGUCGUGUUCGGAUAUCAGAGAGAAAUGCGUACUUAUGGAAAAAGCAAGAGUUAUCGCUUUGGAUUCGAACAGUCCACUGGGAUUCACUACGGAAGUGCAAACCGCGAGCACCACUACCGUGACCAAUGCACCGGUUCGCGCCAAAUCCAACGGCGAAGCGAUGCCGGAGGACCAGGGCGAGGUGCAUCGGCAUCGCACCCGAAUUCAAUGGCCGUCCGAGUUGGAGAUCAAGAGCUUCAGCACGCCGUACAGAUCGGUCGUGCACCCUUACCACUUUUGGACCUUGGAGUUUCACAACAAGCAGCCGGUGUUCAUGAGAAUCAACCUGACGUUGCCUUGGGGUGCGAACUUCGCCAUGUACGGCCGUAGAAACGUGGCGCCGACCAUCACUCAGCACGAUUUCUCGGAGUUCAUCAAGGGAGGACGUCUGGAGAACCGCAACCGCAACCGCCGGUCGUCCGACAACCCCGUCGAUGAGGAAUCGUUGGUCGUUAACGUCACCGCGGUCCAGUACUUGGACGCAGGCCGGUGGUUCAUGUCAGUGUACAACGACGACCUCAGACCUCACGCGGUCGUGCUGGUACUGGCCGAAGCCGAAGACGUGACCACCACGUGUCCCAACGAGUGUUCUGGCCACGGAUCUUGCUACCUGGGCAAAUGCGACUGUAUCGACGGAUAUCAAGGCAACGACUGUUCCAAAAGCGUUUGUCCAAUGCUGUGCUCCAACCAUGGCAAGUACGGCGGAGGACUUUGUCACUGCGAAGAAGGAUGGAAGGGCACCGAGUGCGAUAUACCGGAAACGGACUGCAGAGUGGCCGAUUGUUCCGGUCACGGAAUGUGCAAGAACGGCGUGUGCCAGUGUCACCAGGGAUGGAAGGGAGAAGACUGCAAUCAAGCCGAUUGCAUGGACAAGAGCUGUUCGGGACACGGUAUUUGCAUGUCGGGCAAAUGUUACUGCAAGGCCGGUUGGCAGGGUGAAGACUGUUCGCUGAUGAACAAACAAGUGUUCCAGUGUCUUCCCCGUUGCUCGGAUCACGGUACCUACGAUUUGGAGACGGGCGCUUGCGUGUGCAACAAAUUCUGGACGGGUCCGGAUUGUUCCCAAGCUCUGUGCAAUCUCAACUGUGGACCACACGGCAAAUGCGAUCAGGGCAAAUGCGAGUGCGACGCCGGUUGGACCGGUGACAAAUGCGACCAACUGCCGUGUGACGACCGAUGCUCCGAGCACGGUCAAUGCAGAAACGGUACUUGCGUGUGCACCAGAGGCUAUAACGGCAAGCACUGUACAUUCCAGGGUUGUAGCAAAGGUUGUGGCAACCAUGGCAAUUGCGUGCUGACCAACAACGUGUACGGGUGUGUUUGCGCGGACGGCUGGGCCGGCGAGAGUUGUUCGAUCCGACUGGAGACCGAUUGUCACGACGAAAUCGACAACGACGAAGACGGCAUGGCCGAUUGUUCGGACAGCGAAUGCUGUGACUCGCCUUCCUGCGCCGAGCACAUCAUGUGUUUGGCCUCCAACGAUCCGGUAGACGUUCUCCUCAGGAAACAACCGCCCUCGGUGACAGCCUCGUUCUACCAACGAGUAAAGUUUUUGGUCGAAGAGCACAGCGUUCAGAGCUAUGCUCAUCUGGACGAAUACAGCGAAAGUGAGUUUUGGAACUCCUUUACACCCGGGCGUGUCUCCGUGGUACGAGGUCAAGUGCUAUCGCCACAAGGAUUAGGAAUUAUUGGCAUCCGUGUGUCGGUCGACCGAGACUCGAGAUUCGGAUUCACGCUGACCCGGAACGGUGGAUGGUUUGACGUCAUGGUAAACGGUGGAGAAGCCGUCACCCUUCAGUUCCAGAGAAGUCCGUUCAAACCGCAGACCAAGACUUUGUACGUGCCAUGGAAUCAAAUAGUGUCUUUACCGGCCCUCCGGAUGGCUUUAAACGAGGAAUUAGAUCCGUACAAGGAGACCACGUUGGAAUACAAUGGAGCUGUAUACGAGCAGAGUGCGUACAACGUUACCCCUUGCGUCGACCACAAAGAGAAUCCUCAGAUCGUGUCCACUUGGCUACCGGAAAAGGUCGGAGGAAUGUCCAGUAAGAAUGUAAUAUUUGUAGAGACUCAGUUACUCCAAGAAAGCAUCGGCAUCCCCGGAUCGAAUUUGAACUUGUUGUAUAGAAGCAGUUGGGCUACGGGUUACUACUCUUAUUUGAUAGUUCAUCUCACCCAAUCGGAUGUAUCGCCACAGUUGAAGGUCGUGCACGUCACAAUCGAGAUCGAAGGAUCUAUUUAUAAACAAAAAUUAGAAGCCGAUCCUAAUUUGAAGUAUACGUUUACUUGGGACAAGCGGAACGUGUACAAGCAAAAGGUCUAUGGAAUCGCCAGGGCUAAGGUGUCUGUGGGCUACGAGUACGACAGUUGUAAUCAAAUAGUGUGGGAGGUGCAGAUGACUGUGUUGCAAGGAUUCGACGUGGACAUAUCCGAUAUAGGAGGAUGGAGCUUGGACGUACACCAUCAUUACAAUUUCCACGAAGGAAUUCUACAAAAAGGAGACGGUUCUAUAUUGUACUUUAAACACCAGUAUCCUCACACGCUGCAUGUGGUCACUGGCACCGGCCUGCAAAGACCGCUCAACUGUAAAGAUUGCAAUGGUGUUGCUAAAGACACCAGAUUGUUGUCACCCGUCGCCUUAGCUAGCGGAUCCGAUGGUAGUCUAUACGUAGGUGACUUUAACCUCAUCAGAAAACUCACACCCGAAGGCAACGUUUUUACAGUGUUACAACUCAGCGCCACCCAAGUGUCUUACCAAUACUAUCUGUGCUCAUCGCCAACCGACGGUCAUUUGUACGUUUCCGAUCCAGAAAAACAUCAGAUCCUUCGCGUGACUACCACCAAUUCGGUAGUAGAUCCAACAAUUAACUAUGAGGUGUACGUUGGAUCCGGAGAACGAUGCAUACCAGGAGACCAAGGCAGUUGUGGCGAUGGAGGACCGGCAAUUAAUGCAAAACUGUCCAAUCCUAAAGGCAUCGCCAUCUCAUCUGACGGAAAUCUUUACAUAGCCGACGGUACCAAUAUAAGAGUGGUGAACAAACAAGGCAUAAUUCAAACGUUAAUCGGCCACCACAAGCACAACAAUAUCUGGCAACCGAUGCCAUGCAAGGCAUCACUGCCCACUUCACAAGUACAACUGCAAUGGCCCACCAACUUGGCGUUGAAUCCACUUGACGAGAGCCUACAUAUAACUGACGACCGGGUGGUUUUGAAAGUAACCAAAGACAACAGGGUGAGAAUAGUUGCGGGCUCGCCGUCGCACUGUUACUCGGGAAACAAUGGCAACAAAAACGGUAAAGACUCGGCAAAGAUAGCAGACAGCCAAGACGUGAUGACCGAAUCCCUAAAAUCCACCGAAAUGGCUUUGGGCACGAUCGUGGGCAUAACGUUCAGCCCUUACGGAGAUUUAUACAUAGCGCAGAGUGAUUCCAGGAAGGUCAACACCAUCAAAGUGGUCAACUCGGCCGGUUACAUAUCACAUUUCGCGGGAUACCAGCAAAACGAUAACCGUCAAAAACAAUGCGACUGCGACAGUUCAAACACCACUUGCCAGUGCGCUAACGGCUCUCGGGAACACUUGCUCUCCAUCACUGCCAAGUUCACGACGAUUUCGGCCAUCGUAGCAUCUCCAGACGGUGUGCUAAACAUAGCCGAUCAAGGAAGCUUACACAUCCUGGCACUGAAACCGUACUUGCCGUCGCAUGACAUGAACGGCGAGUUCCAGAUACCGUAUCCGGCCACGGGAGAGCUUUACGUUUUCAACCGGUACGGACAGCACAUAUCCACGUUGGACCUGAUGUCCGGCAAAGUGCGGUACACGUUCCUGUAUUCGAAAAACACCAGUUUCGGCAAGCUGUCGACGGUCACCGACGGUUCGGGCAACAAGAUGCUAUUUUUGCGAGACUACAGCAACGUGGUGAGCGCCAUUGAAAACUCGCAGGACUAUAAGUCCGAGCUAGUCAUAUCCGGCGCAGGCAAUCUGGUCAAGUUCUCGGAAAAAGGUCGUUCGGAAAUCACAUUGAACUACGACAGCACCACCGGUCUACUGACCAGCCGGUCCGAUUCCACAGCUGAAGGUGGCUCCUUAUACAUCUACAACUACGACCGACUGGGUCGUCUGGUCGACGUGGUGCUACCCACCGGCGAAGUGUUUGAGUUGUCGUCGCGCAUUUCCAUGGAAGACGACAGUUUCGAAGUGAACUUGCUGACCCCGUUGCACAACCCCAUCAGCAUGAUAUCUUUGGACGGACACCGGGACCGGAUAACCAUUAAAAUGGAAGGCAACGAUUACAAAAAGCUGAUCGUCAAAAACAGCGCUUCUGCCAUCAACGAGGCGAUCAAUUUCAAAAACGGUUCGUUCAUGUUCCGUUCGAGAUCCGGCGAGGUGGUCCAGUGCUUUGCCGAGUCCAAACAUCCGAUACUGGAGCUGUCGUUGCCCGUCGAAGCAGAGAUGCUGCCGGUGUUCAACAAGCAAGUGUCUUCGAGAGGCGCCCUGUCCAACACGGUCACAUGGACUUAUUCGCUGGUGGGCGACGCCGGAUCUUCAAAGUCGAUCAUAAGGAGAAAACUAACCGUGAACAACAGCUCGGUGUUGAUGAUCGACUACAAUCAGUUCACCAGGAUCGAAACGAUUUACAGCACCGACAAACCGUCCACGUCGUUGCUGAGCAUUUCGUACAAUCACGGCGGUUUGCCAUUGUCGUGGAAAGUCGGUCCGUCUAAGUAUCCCGUGAACAUCACCUACGACAGGUUCAACCGUUUGGAAUCCUGGAGCUGGGGCGCUAUGAACGAACAUUACAAAUACACUCAUCACGGUUUGUGCGUUGAAAAGUUUUUGACUCACAAGGGUUCCACCAAGUACACGUACAACGCUUGGAACAAGGUGUCCGAAAUCGAGCUGCCUACCAAUCGCAAGUUCGGGUACGUGUACGACGAAUCUGGUGGUCUGAGAAACAUCGUCUUGCCUUCGGGGUCCAAGCACACUUUCUCGUCUCAGACUUCACUGGGAUUCAUACGGUUCACGUACACACCACCGGGAUCCACUAGACCUUACUUGCAACAUUACAGCUACACCGGCGCUCUGCUGCAAACCGUUUACCCCGGCGAAGGCGCUCGGGUCUUGUACCGUUACCGCAGUUCCGGACAGCUGUCGCAGGUGGUUCACGGCGACGGCAUAACCAAAGUGAAAUACUGGCCCAACACUCAGCUGCCCAGUCAAGUGUUGAACAUCGAGACGGACUUUGAAUACCGUUGGGACUACCAGUACAACGACGGGCUGUUGAUCGAGGAAAGGAUCGAUUACGGUCCCAAAACCGGAUUGAGCAACGCCAAAAUCACGUACGAGUACGACAGCAAUUUCAGAGUGAUCACGGUCGAAGGCCGAAUUGGCGGACAAAGCUUGCAAGAGUACCGCGUGCAAUACAACCCGGUCACCGGAAAGAAACAAGUGUUCGGUCAAUUCGAGGUGCUGUCCAACGUCAAUUCCACCAAGGCCACCGACGGCACCGCCAUGUUCCACCGCAUGACCAACGAUUACUUCCAGGAGACUUACGUGUCGGUCGUCAUACAUCAAAUGGAAGUUUUCCGCAUAGAGUUUGUGUACGAUUUGGACAGUCGCAUCGUCCAGUCGCGCACUUACACGCACAACGUCGGCGUCAACACUUACACAAUCGUCAAGAACUACACCUACGACGCCGACGGUCAGCUACUGUCGGUGGAAGCACAGGAACCGUGGAGCUUCAAGUACGACCAGAACGGCAACAUGUUGACCAUGACCUACAGAGGAAACAUGAUCCCGAUGGAGCACAGCGUCAUGGACCGCAUAGAGAAAUUCGGCGAAGGACUUUACAGAUACAACAAUCGCGGUCUGGUCGUGCAGAACGCCAGAGAAGAAAAGUUCCACUACAAUUCCAAAGGACUGUUGGUGAGAGCCAUCAAACGCGGUCGUUUCGACGUCCGGUACUUCUACGAUCAUCUGAACCGGUUGAGCACGCGGAAAGACAAUUUCGGCAACGUCACGCAGUUCUUCUACACCAAUCAAGACAAUCCAAACGAGGUCAGUCAAAUCUAUAGUCCGCGCGACGGAAAGCUGAUGACGUUGACUUACGACGACCGUGGCUUCUUGAUCUACGCCCAAGUAUUCAGACACAAGUACUACGUGGCCACCGACCACUGCGGCACUCCUGUAAUGAUAUUCAACCAAUACGGCGAAGGCAUCAGAGAGAUAAUGAGAUCGCCGUACGGACACAUUGUAUACGAUUCCAAUCCGUAUUUGUACUUGCCGAUCGAUUUUUGCGGUGGACUUUUGGAUCAGGUCACGUCUUUGGUGCACAUGCCUAAAGGUAAAGUGUACGACCCGCUUGUCGGACAAUGGAUGUCGCCCCAAUGGGAAGGCAUGUUGACCAGAGCGACUGAACCGCAACAACUGCACCUGUACCGUUACAACGGCAACGAUCCGAUAAACGUGGCUCCCACUCGAAAGUACCUCAAAGAUGAGAAACACUGGUUGUCGUUGGUGGGAUACGACUUGGACUCGGUAAUGCCGCAAAUGCCACAGUCCAUAUCCACAUUCCCGUCGCUGUUGCCGUCCGUGUCGCCUAGCUUGAGCACAACUCCGUUGGACGUGACGUCCGUGUAUUUCAAUCAUCUGAACAAGUUGCUGAACAAAAAGAAACUCACCUACUUGCCCGAGUCGGAAACGCACGCCGAGCCCAUGAUCAACUCGUUCAAGGAGAAACCGAAGUGGUUCGACCCCAUGUGGGUGACUUUCUACACAAACGCCCUGGAGGAACCCAAAGACCGAGGCCACAAAGCUCUAGGCGACGACCCCGGAGCUUCUUUUGCGCCACUGUUCGGCAACGGCAUCCUCUUGUCCCGGUCUGACGACGGUCGGGUGAUCGUGCAGAGCGUGCCCAGCGCCAACCCCAUCUACAAGGACGUCUUUACUACAGUUUUCAACGACACCUUCUUGCUGCCGUUCAGCUUGGUCAUGCACGGAGCCCAGCAAGACGCCUAUUACUUUGUCAAGAAAGACGUGUGGCACGCCAACGAAGACAAGGGACAACUCAAGAGGCUGGGAACUCAAAUGAACACCACGUUCCACGAGAAAGAUUUGGAAAACAACUCCGGAAAGGUGGUGGACGUCAGGAUACACUGUUCCGACACGGUGAUGAACCUGCGGUACGGCACGACUCUGGAGCACGAGAAACAGCGGCUGUUGCACCACGCCAAGACGGCCGUGAUGCGAAAGGCUUGGCACCGGGAACGCGACCUGCUGCGGUUGGGUCUGCCCACCAACAAGGACUGGUCGCCGGCCGAGGUGGAGGAAAUCCUUAAGUCGGGAUACGCCGACGGGUUCGACGGGGAAUACAUCCGGGACACGGACAAGUAUCCCGAACUGUGCGACGAUCCGUACAACAUAAGAUUCAUCAAGUCCAACUAGAGCUGUUAACAAGACAACUUUGCACUUGACCAUUUAACUCCCUGUCGCGGGACACCAGCAGCUGUUAUUAUUAUAAUUAUUAUUUACAACCCCCGUUGAAAUAAUUAUUUACCACCUACCCCUUGCGCGCGUUACUGUCCAUUUUACGUCCUCACGAAAUUCAAAAGAAAAAUUUAUCACUGUAAAUAACAUAUUAUUAUAUUAUACCAUUACCUACUUCUAAACUUCAAAGAUUUACCCGCAAAGAGAAACCGCGAGCGGUUUUUUUUUAUUAUAUUUUUUAACGGGUUUUUUUCUAUUAUUUCGAGAGAAAAAAAUUUAAUCAAAAUAAUUUUAUCGAUUUAUUUUUAUAAUAUUAAAACAAACCGCUUGAGAUGUUUUUUUUUUUUGUUACUGUUUAAUCGUGAGUAACUGUUUUUUAUUUUGGAAAACCACCCUCUCCCCCACCCCUCUUGACGCCUAUGAUAAUAUAAUAAUACAAUUUUAUAUUCGUCAAUGUGCACAACCCAAGCCGAUUGAUGAGAUGAUUCCGUUGUGUUCAGUUCCUAAACCGUAGUGUGGUUUUGAAAUAAUACUAUAACCAUUAUUAUUAUUAUUUAGUUUUACCGAAAAUUAUUAUCAUUAUGUAUUGUACGCUACAUUUUGUUUGUUUAAACGAUAUGAUUAAAAUAUACCGGAUGUAUCUUAACGAUAUGAUUACGGUUUUCCUCUUGUCCAGACAUAUU